AGCAUUAUUCAAUUAAAAUUUAACCAGAAAAGCUUUUUUUCGAUGAAACUAUGCAAAGACGAACUUUUUUUUUAUUCAAGAAUUCGAAGCGUUCUAAAUAUAACUGUUCGCAAAGUCGUGACAAGUUCGGAACUGUUAGCAGUAACAAAAGCGUCUUGUUGAUCUUUAUUAUUUCCUAAGCGUCUAUUAUUACGAUGCCGGUUGUAUUUGAUAAGUGAUAAUACGACACGUCAGCGAUUACGUUCACGUGGUAUACGUACGAAACUUCGAACAUCAGUUCUUCGUAAAAUUUGUGGCACUUGAAUUUUUAUGGUUCAACGAAUGGAAAAAGAAUUAUCCAAGUUUUAUUAUUUUCGUUGACAAAUAACUUAUAAUGGCUGUUUCCCUUUUCCAUGAUACUUCGCCGGUCCGAUACUUCGUGCUGUUUUUCAUUCUUAAUGGAUUUGUAUACAAAUGUUAUUGUCACAAUGGUCACGACCAGAAAGAUAUUUUUCGUUCGGAUCUUGAAAAAGAUACAAGUCCUGUAAAGGAUUUUGUAUUGUGCAGAAAUUGUGGGGCUGACAUUGCCAGUGCUGGAUUUAUUAUCAACAAAAUCAGUCCAGAGGCUGUUAUAACUGGGAAUCAAACGAUUUUUGAGACCCCAGGAGUCAGCAUUCAACAGCUAGUGAAUCUAUGGGGCAUAAAAUUCCAUACAAUAACACUUUCGAAGGCUAGUUGUUUCGGAGCAGCUGAGCAUUGGACCAAAUUCUACUCGUGGUAUCCGGGAUAUGCUUGGAAACCUUGUCUUUGCCGGCAUUGCAGUCAACAACUUGGAUGGAUGUUUGAACCCAUAGAAACUGCUACUCCCACCAGGCUUGUGCCCUCGGAAAAUGGUUUUUACGUGUUGAUCCUGGACAGUCUACUCAGCGAAAAAUUUGCAGAUUCCCUGAUAGUUAUUCCAAAAUCAUACAGAAGCUAGCAUCGCAAGAAUAAUGGGAGAAACAGGACUGAACGAGGACCAACAAGAGUUUUUAGCUCAGUGCGAGGAAGAGUUUGCAGAGCGAUUCACGGAAAACGACAAGGAAUUUAUGAAACUGAAGAAUGAAACGCCAAGAACUCCACCGA